GAGACGGUUUACAUCACCGUUCCAGAAAGUUCAAGAGGAGGGUGGCAGGCUGGCACAGGCUGGUGGGGCGGCUAUAUAAGUGAGCUGAGGGCCAGAGGCACAGCAGGAGCGGCACGGCAGCAGCAGGCACAGAGUGCGCCCAGCCCAGCCAGCAUGGACAUCGCCAUCCAGCGCCCCUGGUUUCGCCGCCCCCUCUUCUCCUCGUUGUUCCCCGUCCGGAUCUUUGAGCAGAACUUCGGGGAGCACAUCCCAGAGAGCGAGCUGCUCGCCCCCUUCCCCCUGAUGUACUGGCCCCGGGCCUCCUUCCGCGGUGCCAGCUGGAUGGACGGCGGCCUGUCAGAGAUGCGUCUGGACAAGGACAGGUUCGCAAUCCACCUGGACGUCAAGCACUUCUCCCCCGAGGAGCUGUCCGUCAAGGUCAACGGCGACUUCAUCGAGAUCCGUGGGAAGCACGAGGACCGCCAGGAUGAGCACGGCUAUGUGUCUCGGGAGUUCCACAGGAAGUACAGGAUCCCAGGAGGGGUCGAGCCGGGCUCCAUCACCUCCUCGCUGUCCGCCGAUGGCGUGCUGACGAUCAGCGCCACGCGCAACCUGUCCGAAGUGGCCGAGCGCACCAUCCCCAUCACCCGCGACGACAAGCCCGCUGGGGCUGCGCCGCAGAAGAAGUAGACUUCCUUCUCCCCCGCCCCUUCGCCCUCCCUGGCUCCUCGCCACUGCCACCCCACCACCACCGCCCCGUCUUCCUCGACCCCGGCACACGCUGAGCCACGGGAAGUGAAGAGAGCCCCCCCCGCACUUACAGGCAGGGGAUAGGACCCCACUCAUCCUCCAUUACUCAGAAAGGGUGGGCUCAUGGAAUUCGCUGCUACAUCAGGGCCUCUGUCCUCCUAGCUUGCUGAGUAAAAUCAAACAUGCUGCAGAACAGCUGAAUGAGCAAGGGAAGGAGCAGACAAAGGCACACUGAGUGCAGGGCCCUGGUGCAGCUGGACCAGUCAGUCCCUUGAGGAAGGGGGAAAAGGUCCACAGAGUGACAGACGAGCCUCUGUGAAGUCAGCUACUGAUCGUGCCUCAAAGACACAAAAACAGUUCAAGGAAGUAGGACAAUUUUAGGGAACUUGUGCGUGUAGAAACGCCAUGCCCUUAAGUGGGCAGGGUUUAUGUGCAGAAGCGAGCCCCGUGACGGAGCACAGGAGCGCUCCAGAGCAGUUUGUAGCUGGAGCUGUGGGGACCAGAUCCUGUGUUCUUGUACAGUCAGGUACCUUGUACCUGAAGGGCAGUUACACUGCAGGGGUGUUGGCAAAUCCCAGUCAAGAACGCAGGUAUCAGCUUCAGGAAAAUCCCCGCUCCACCCAGCUCAAAGGCUGAGGCAUUAGGUUUACCACAGCAGUUGUCUGGAAAAUGUUUGCUGAAUUUUUUACUUACAGACUUGAAGAAGACCAAAGGAGUGACUGAAUAAGUAGUCUGACUUCACAGAGGAGUUAAUGACAGGUUCUCUGAUAAAAUUCUCCUGUUUUUGUAUAUACUGAAAAGCAUUUAAAGUGCAACAAAACACUAUUGAUUCCAAAACUCAUUUGAUGCAUUUUUAAUGCCUCCCUGUAUAUAUUAAAGCACUUUGCUGUAAGUGUAACGCGCCUGCCUUCAGUGUGUUUUGACGCUGCUCACAUGGCAGUGGUCAAGAGGGAAGUGGGUGUUUUCCCAGUAGAAGCCAGGCCUCUGGUUUGGACACUGGCCCAGAUGCACUCUGUGAUAACCACAAGGCAUACACAGAGGUGUCGCAGCUGUGUGUAUUGGUGACUGGGACACAGAAGGCACUUAAAACAAGGCCACUUGAGGCAGAAAACAGCCAAUGAGACAAGAACAUGAUAUCAAAACUUUUAUUGUAGAAUGGGCCCACAAAAUCUGGAAAAGUAGAAGCAGAAAGGAAACCAGAUGGGAACAACAGCAUAUCUUCCAGUGAUGUAAAGAAGUGCACAACUUAUCCCUUGCAGGGGCUCAGUUGUAGUCUGUUGUCCGACAGCUCUGCAGUGUCUGUGCUGUCUGCUCUUUCCUGCAGCCGGUGAGUGGGCUCGGCUCGGCUCGGCUCGGCUCGGCUCAGCGGUCGGGCACUCCUGUGUCGGGUUCAGGUUCGUGGACAGGGAGGGGGCAGUGGUGUUUAAAAAGAUCCUGCUUAUUCAUUUUCUAUUUUGUCGUGGUCGCUGCCUAACCUUUCAUUCCUGAGACCCCAUAUAGAGCAGCCAGAGCUCAAUUAACACUUGAGUUUCUUAAAUGUUUAAGAAUAAAUCGUUUCAACCACA